GUAGUUGUAAUUUAGCAAUUAUGAGCUUAUUAUUUUUGUUAUUAUUGUCUGUGAUGAGCUCGAAAGAGGCUAUAACUCAAAAACUCAGUAUCAUCCGAAGAACAAAUGAUAGGACAUACACGAUGCCAGAUAGAGGGUCAUAUCGCUUUAGCGACAAUGAGAAGGUUUCUAUGGACUGCGUUUUAAACUGCACUGAAUGCUUAGCGGAAAAAAACUAUAUCCUAAAUUUUUAUUUACAUGGAAGUGGACACAGUAGAAUGGUGACUGUCAAAGCAAAUUCUACAGGAAAAGUAUCAAGAACAUUCACGCUCCACAAAAACCAGACGGAGAUAGUUUGCGACGCGACCUACUUAGGUUUUGAUGGUUUAAGCUUUAGCCCAAAUAGGUCUACGGUAAAACUCCAGUACGUAUCACCAACGCGCGAGGACAACCCACGUAAAGGGAAACACUUAGAACCAUGGCUAGAGUCACCAAAGAUAUCUCCCAGCGUUUUCAAAGACACCGGUGCGGCUUCUGCAAUGUUUACAUGUACAGUGUCUAGGGAGCGACUAGCCCUCCUGUCUUGGCAUCAGAUGAAAGGAACUGAACGUGUGCUUCUCAAGACGGUUUCGCUUCCCAACACCACCUCUGACACAAUAUACUACUGGACUUUAAACAAAACUCUCUCCGAGUCCGACAGAGACACGGGGCUGUACUGCGUCGCGCGGUACUAUCUUGAAGGCAAACUUUCAGAAAGAGUAAUUAGCAAGAGAAUCAGCCUGGCACUUAACAGGACUGUUGAAGCUACUUUUGAAGGUCGUCGUGUAUUAAGUAACGCUGGGUCAUUGGCACUGUUGGCAGCAAUAUGUUCUGUUGCUAUUGUGGCCUUAAUACUUGUGGUUAUUUUGGCAACAGUCAUUGUGAAGUAUAGGAGAAAAGUGAAAAUAUUUGAAAGAGACGAAGCGUUGAGAAACCGAGAGCCUUUGCCGCUGCCACCUAAUACAGAUGACAUAUAUGAGCCGGUGUACGGUCACGGCGCAGGUCUCAAAAGGCCGAGGACAAGGCCGAAGGUGACACGAGACUAAGACGUUCAUAUUUGGCUGACUGCGGCAGUAUGGAUUUAUGGCCAAAUGUGGGGAAGACCGCC